GGCAGUAACAUCAUCCAGCGGCUCUUUGUCCCGCUGCCGUGUGUGUGUUGUGUGUGUAUGUGUGUCAGUACCGGGCUGAGCUGCGCGAGUCAUGGCAGCGGCGCCCGCGAACCCGCGCACCGGGAGCCCGAGAGCGCAGCUGCCGCCCUGUUAUUACGAGGGAUACCUGGAGAAAAGAGGAGCGAAAGAGAAGGUAGCUCGGCGUUUAUGGACCUGUUUAUGUGGAAACACGCUGUACUUCUUCAACAAUCCUAAGGACACAAGUUAUGUAGAAAAGUUGGAUCUGAGUGGAUUUGUGUCUCUGAUCGAUGACCCAAGUCGUGACAGGAAUCUGGAGGCAGCCAGACUGAACCUCCGCAUGAAGGAUGGAGAAAUCAAACUCACUGCACCAAAUCUGGAGGCGCGUGAGCUGUGGAAAGGUUUUCUCUACUCUGUUGUAGAUCUGGCUGUGCCCACGACGCUCACCCUCCUGCCCGGACAGCUGCACAUGCUGAAGGAAGUCGUGGAAAAAGAAAAAAUGCGUAGAAAGGCACGCUCGUCUUCCAGAGCCCCCUCGUCCCCCCUCUCGCUCCCGCUGGUGGGGGAAAUACCUGCGUGCUUCAGGCCUGUGUCUCGUAUUGAAGCUGAGGUGCUGUUAGAAAGACAUCCAGACUGUGGGAACAUGCUUCUCAGACCAGGCCGGGAUGGAUCUUCACUCGCCGUCACAACACGUCAAGACCUGAAUGGAUCGGUGUUCAGGCAUUACAGAGUGACACAGAAGCAGCAGGGUGGUUAUAUCAUCGACGUUGAAAACCCAAUCCCCUGUCCCACACUGCAUGACGUCAUCAAUGCAUUGGUGGAGAAAACCGCCGGGACUCUUCAACCCUUUAUAUUAGAAGAGCCUUAUGAGGAAAACAUCACAUUUGUGUCAUCCAAUGAUGAGAAUGGAGAACGAACCCUACACUGUGCUCCCACCGGGCCUCUUUCUCGAGCUCCAUCACUGCCGCCUAAACAAGUAGGUACAGACAGAUGGCCGCUGCGGUCUCAGACGAGAUCUCCAAGUUCCUCACCGAGAUCCUUUUCCCCAUCUGGCUCCCCAUCCAACUCCAUGAGGAGGCUGGUUCUGUCUCCCUCGCCGCUCUCUCAGAGCCUCACAGACGAGCUCAAACAGAAGCUGGAGAAGAGACGGACCAGUCAAGAGUGAAUUGCUCCUCGUUUCUACCCACCCUUCGUCGUCUCAUUCUUCCAGUGCCUUCCAAUAAAGACUGACGUCCUGUCGAACGGACAAG